AUGGAUUUCAAAAAUCCAUGGGAAGAUUUUAUUUUCGACCAGACAGUCGAUAAUAUUAAUGAAUCCUCUGACUGUUUUAACAAUAUAAAGCUUAGCAACUUUCCUUUUCUCAAAAGUCAGUUUUCCUCUAUUGACUAUCUCAUAAAGUGUGAAUUAUGCAAUGUUAUGCUUCUUCCGGAGAGCAUUUCUUUGCAUUAUGACGACCGGCACUCAGAACCCCCAAAGUCUGUCGGUUCUGCUGUCUUGCCAUACGAAGCUGUUUCUUGGUGUGAAUGUCAGGCUGAAAUUGAUUCCAAAAAGGAUCGGACUUCCAAACGUACUAAGGUCGCGCCUCUCAAGCGUUCUAAACGCAACACACCUAACCCCUCAGAUGCCUCGCCUUAUUCAAUUAAAAUGGACAUAUCGAAAACAGUUAUCACAAGUCGAGAAGUAGAAAAGACCAGUCAUGAGGAACUUAGAGAACCAGUUUUGUUGAAAUUAGCAAAAUCAGAUGGAAGAAUAUCUCAAAGUGAGGAAGUGUCCAGAAAGCCUUUAAGGACACCUGCAGAAAGUAAACUCAAUGAGCGAUCUGUGUGGUCGGUUGUUUGUCCAAGAGAGCAUUCUGCUGGUAAUUUUUAUGAACUCACCUCCAAAGGUCAGGUUGAGGAAAGUCGACACCUGGGGAAAGAUAUGUUUGAGUGCCGAUCAAGUUUUAAUCAUUCUAAUGAUUCUGGCAUCGGAUCUCAAGCACAUUCAGUUUUUCGCUGUUCAUCAUAUCCCCCGACACCUUCAUUGUCUCCACAUCUUCCAAGUUCUAGUCCAUCAAAUGUUUCUGAUGACACGACAUUUGGUUUCAACCAGUUCCGGCCUGAAGUUGCAAACCGACCUGUUUCACGCUCAUCCCACUCUAGUUCUAGCAGUGGAAUCGGUAUUUCUGAUCAGCACAAUACUGAUUCUAGCAUUACUAUUCCAACAACAAUUUUCAAUGUAAAUAGUACAAAAGCAGUCACUUCACUUCCUUUAUCAGACAUAAAGUCAACUGCCAAAUGCAAAGUUAAGUGCAAGCUCUCGACGGUUUGCCUUCGGAACAACGUCCCUCUAUGUUCCACUUCCUCUCAACCGAUGAUCUCGGGUGAGGCAUUGGCUAAAGUGCAUUCCAGUAGGGAAGUAGAGUCAACUGUAUAUCAUCUUAAAAACAAUCGUCUAGAAUUCGAUGGCAAAUUAAUUAGUAGUGAGUUGAGGCGGAAUGGUUUCCAUAGCUGGAUUUCUGGUGAACGACCGACGUCAUCAGAUGCCACACACAAAGCCGAUAAUGUUAGACGUUUAUUGGCAUUUCAGCGGCUAUCAACCCCAAGAAAUCAAACAAUUCUAUUGCAACAAGCCCCUAGACAGAUAAAGAGUGUGCAUUUAGCACCUUCGUUCAUCUCACAAUAUUAUCAAACAGAAAACUUGGAAGGGAACGAAGCUUCUACUUCGAGUGACACUAAUCGAUUUGUCCAACCAAAUAUUUUAAUACAACCAGAAAAGUCCUCAAAACUAGACGUGGUGAAUGAUAGUUCAUCUCGGAUUAACUGGCCUCCAGAAUCUAUAAUUUCUGGUCCCUCUAGCAAUAUGGCUAGGAGUGCUGGCGAAUUGCAAGAAUUCUUGGAAGAGCUAGAGGAUACAUUUGAUCCUCUUACUCAGUGUGGCUGCUUGGAAAUGGAUGAUAUCAGGUGUAGAAAUUCUAUUUUAUGUACGGUACAUACAAUUGAGGAGAAACGUAGGGUCCCCCGCCAACAUGAUUUACGUUAUCUUAUGCGAGAAGCAAGGAAAAAACAACAAAUCUUAAGACAAGUACCAAACACUCCCUGUCAACAAUUUCCAUGGACUGUACAAACCUCUGGUUCGCCUAAUGCAGUCAUUGACCUCACUGAUGAUGUUAGUAGUAAUGAAAGUUUCUGUGAAACUCCAGGAGUGUUAUCUUAUCAAACACCUCGAGUUCCAAAUCAUUCACAGCUAUUGCGUCAUAAUACAACGCUUUCUGCAUAUGAUACACAAGGUCGGUGUCAAAUAUAUCCCAACUCACUUAACUCAAAUGGUCCUAUAGAUUUGAGAUAUGUAUCAAACAAACUGACGGCUAGAUUACAUCAACGAAAUAAAACAGUUGUCAUCGCCCAGCCAUGUGCUAUUGAUAUCAGACCACAAACAGAAUCUUUUUUGUCUUACUCACCUCAAAUCGCAUCUAUCAACUCCACUCUUGAUAUGCAUCACUUUCAAUUUAAUCCAAUGGGAUCAGGAACAACACAAACGGGAGAAUAUUUUAGUGAAUCCAACACACCCAAUAUAGUUAUGUAUCCUAAUCGUAAACAAACAUCUGGUUAUUCAUCAACCUCUUAUUCGAAUGCCAGAUUGAUAAAUGAACCUCAGUAUGCUGCUCAAAGUCAUUGUCUGUCUACCUGUCAACCUGCACAACCUUGGGCUAAUCGACUGAGCCGUUAUCCCAUUGAAGGUUCUGCCGAUACAACCAUCAAUUUGGAUAAUCUUAUCACUAGUGAAGAUUUAUGCUCAGAAGAACAUUUUGAUGAUCCUUCCCAUGAAAUAAAUUUACCUCGAAAAGUACAUGUUCCGUUUGUUGAAGAAACACCCCCUAAUUUUGGUCCUAUUACUACUUCUACAACAACAACAACUACUACUACUCUGUUCCCACACUUGUCAUUAAACACUCGCAAAUUACAAGAAAGUCAGAGUCGAGUUGUUGUCAAUGAUAUGCGUGAAAAAUCCAUUACUGGAAGAAGUAGGAAAACAGCUCGAACAUCAUUUCGAUCUUCAGGUUCUACUAAUGUUCAAGGUCCUACUCUCACUAGUUUGUUACAUCUACGUUAUCAACACCAACAGCCGAAUCAACAACAAGGUCAAUUUCAGUCAAUCUCUGGACUUUUAGGCGGAGGUAAAGUUAAUCCUAGUGAACAUGUAUCAACAAGACCCACGGUUAUUAGUAAAACUAAGCCAGUGACUUCUGCAACAGAUGUUUUCAAUUGUAAAAUACCAUCGUCAUCAUCUACGGUUUUUGAAUCACAAGAAAAAGCGGAUAUUUUGAAUUCUGUAAAUCCUCAACUAGUCUAUUCCCCAUCUUUGAUAACACCAAACAUACCAUGCACGUAUGUUGGAUUGUCGUCGACUUACCCUACUUCAUCAACUACUUUCAGUUCAAGACUUCCUAAUCAGGUGUUAGAUUAUUGUGUUGAUAACUCGUUAGAUACAUUUUAUGUCCCUAAUUCUUUACAGACUUGUCCAAGCACAGUACCCUCAUCCAUUUCAUCAUAUUCUUUACAUUCCAAUUCUAGACUUAAUAAUUAUGUUAUACAACGUAAUGUACAAUUAAACCAACCACAGGCUAGAACUUUGUUUGCAAAUUCAAUUAGUUCUCAAACGAAUGAAACUAGUCCCAAUUUAAUACUAUCUUCUUCCUCAUCCUCUUCUCUGUCAACGGCUACUUUAUCGAGUAAUCGUUAUUUUGUCAUUCGACCAAGUGCAAUCACACAAACACCUAAUUUAGUGGUUUGUGCUAAACGCAGGGAUACUUAUUCCACAUCUAAUAUAAAUAGAUCUGAAGAUGUAUGA